AUGUCUUUUUACCGUACAAAAAAGGUUAUAAUCAACUCCCUCUUUAGUGAUUCUUCAUGGUAUUGUACAUUUCGUUUCAGAAACCCAAUGACAUCCCAGCGCCGCAGCUGCCAUGAGGGGAUUCCCUCGGGCCGUGUGACGGGGAAUUCAGUUACGCUGCUCUCGGAGAUGCGAGAGAAUAACGCGAUUGGCGUGGAGGCUGUAGGGAAGGAGCGCAAGCGACCUGACGCCAUGACCGUUCUGUCGAAUGUUUUCCGCACGAACCCGGCAGCCCUUCGUUUACAUCGGGAGUUAACCAUAUGUAUCGCUAGUGGUGAGACAGAACGGGCUUCUGACCUCGCUUCUGUACUGGCUGGGUUAGUGAAGAGGACAACUCGUUUGGAUGAUAUCGAACAAAAAUGUGCCGAAGAGGGCGGACGCAGUAAAGUACCCAAUGACCCCGUGCCGGUGGUGGGUGAGGAAACUGUUGAGUUUUUAACCAGCAAUGUUGUUCGGGGGGUUUCUUCCCAGAGUCGUUUGGAGAGUAUUGAGAUACUCCACAAUGAUGCACCAGGCGCCCCAUAUUUGGGAGAGAAAGUGGCAGAAGCAGCGGAAGUAAAGGACAGUGAGCCCCUCCCGUUUUGGAAAAAUCCUGACGCUUUACGAUUGACACUGCUUGAGUCCGCUUUCGAAAUGGCUCUCGCCGACGACAACGAAAAUCCACUGCAGCCAGGGAGCGUCGAAGCGGAUUGCCUUGAAAAAGAGCGCAUGGAAAUUUUGGAUGCAUAUCUGAAGCGCGAAGGGAAGCGUUGGGAGUUGCAGAAGGCUGCUGUUGCGCGUGCUAUAGUGGCAACGGUGAAAGACUUGGGUGUGGUUCCGGAGGACAUACAUGCUGCUCUGCAAGCGGAAGGUGAAUUACGUUUAAAUGGCAGCGACAAGCGUUUUAAUGUUCUCAAGCAUUGCAACAUCAUUGUGCGUGGUGAGGUACCGGAAGUAAUGGAAUUGCAGAUGAAGGGCACUGCUACGCGUAAUGUAGAAGCAUCUGUAUCGCAAGAACUUGAUGUUCUGAUCAAUCGUAUGAGUAGCACAGGGACACCACUAUCUCAACGUGAUAAAGACUUGGCACUGUUUGAGUUAGUGAUGUCAAAGAGCAAAAUGCGCUACGUCGUGGGUUUGCAUCGUGAACUUCAAGUUGCGCUCGAUACCGCUCCAGCAUUAAGGAAGUUGGCUGUUGAGCACCGUGCCAAAUCCGGUUCGGUGCUGUUUGUUGAGAGGGCUCUUAAAAUGCUUAACAAAGUUGCCCCCGACGGGAGUGAGACAACAGCUGAGGAUGUCGAAUGCAUCGAUACGAUUUCCACCCCAGUUCUGCCCUUUACAUUCAUGCUCAAAAUGUGUCUAUGGUUCGAGGCCCCUGUAGCUAUGUGA